CAUCGAUUUAAUGGUUAUCUCGUCAUAAACUUCAGGUAUAUUAACGAUCAAGAAACUGGCAGUGAAUACGAGACGAUGUACUCAACAACACUCCAUUCCGAUGGACUCGAGACCAGUAGUUUGAGUCUCAAAUUUAUUGCCAACGAAAAGCACUUCCGUAAUGGGAAUAACAUGCGAUUGAGGUGUACGGCCACCAUAUCUCGGAUGUAUACGAUGAGCAACGAGGCGCUGGCCGUAGCAGAAGUCAAGCUGAAGGACUCGGGUCUUCAUAUAAGCGAAAAUCUAAGCCAAGUGCGAGACACGGCAUCAUCCAUAGCCAGGAUGAAUAGCAAAUGGAAUAUAUGGUUAAACUGGUGCUUCUGCCUCCUAUGCUCUCUACUAUCACUCAAGUAUCACAGGACAUGAACUCAUUAUAUUAUACACCAUAUUAUAUCAUAUUAUAGAGUAUUUUUGUGACAAAACACACAAAACAUAGUUUCACUAAAACGAUAAAUCGACUGAAUUGUGAUGACUAUAAACAGUAUAUAUAUUUGGGAAAUGUAUUUCUCAUCACUAGAAUCUGUUAAUGUAUGACACGAGGACUCAAAAGUUAUAAUAUAGUCAACACAUUGUAAAUGAACUACAAUUAGCCCACAGGAAUGAUACAAAUUUCCUGUGACCUGAAAUAAUUGUUUAAACUUUAGUUGUAAUGUUUGUGAGAAAAAAGUUGAUCCCAUAUUGCAAUGGUCUUCACUCACGUCUGUAUGAAGAGCCCAACUGUUUGUCCGAUUCGAUGGGCAAUAAAAUAGAGAUUUGCGAAACAUAUGGAAACGCAUAGACUUUGGUAAGUUUGAAGGGAUGAGAGGCACUCAUAGACUCGUAUCACUUAUUUGGAUAUCAAGAGACGGCAAUCCGGCGAUACAGUGAACCCAAUGUACAGAUUUGCAGUGAUUUCCCUCGUGAGCCCAUCCAUCUCUUGAUGAAAGACAUCACAAUACAAGACGUUAUAACAGUUUCACUCAAUUCUACAAAUACUACUCAACUGUUAUUACACCGAAAUCGUCAGUAUAUCCAUAGUUCAGACAAAACUGCUAAUUAUUAAAUUAAUUAUAAAAUACUCAACAAAACUGACGAUAAUAUACCUGUGCUAUAGUGUCGGUGCGCUUAUGUAAUAGAUUAUAUAAUAAUUAUGUAAAUAAGUAAUUAAUUGAAGAGAAAAGACAAACAAAAAGUGAAGAGAAUUGAGAUUUGUGUUGAUCUGUCAUUUGAAACGUUGCCACAAAUGCCAUCCACUGAAUGGCCUGCAAUGGUAUGGAAGGAAUGGUAUGCUAUGGUAUGGCAGUCAUAAUAGGCCGUUCGUUUUAACUCUUAAUGGUUGACAUCAUAUGCAUCGCAAGAAAUAAUGGCCUAACCUUAUAGUAGGCCCUCUAAUGAAGCUUUACAUUACACACAAAAUUGAGUUCAAUUGAGCCAUAAGUAGCAGACAGUAGUGUACCGUUUCAGUGCUAUUUCAAUGCUAUUUCAAACAAAUUUCUAUUGAAUUCUAUAAAAUAUUAGGUCUAAUAAUGUAUAUAAAUUGCAACCUAUUUGUACGGAGCAUAAUAUAAGACAUAUACACAGUAUAUAGUAUACAUAAAAUACAAUACUUGUAUUGAUUUCAAUUAGCAAUUGUUAUGCACAUACAGUCAGUUGUUGGCAAACGAGAUAAAAGUGAUCUUUUGUUAUAUAAUACACUAUUACUAUAGACAACACAAUACCAGAGGUGUGCAACACUUUGGGACGACAUAAUCACUCCGUUAUUUUGGGAUUCAUUCAUAAUAUUGAGAACUCAGGGAUUCUUAUCAAAUCAACACUCCUAUGCUUUUUUGGACACAACCAUCGCUUGUAUCCAUUGAUCAUAUAUGAGUGUCGGAGCACUGGGUGUACCCACACUUUGCACAUCUCUCUAAUAAUGUAAAAACAUUAUAUGAUAUUCAGUAUAACAGGAAUAAAUGGUAUAAUGUUUAAUGUUUUCAAGUACUGCCACACAUUUAAUUGCUGUAAUCAUUAUUUAUUUUCACUUUUGUUUCGCCUUUUUCUUAACAAAAGUCGACUCAAUCUCUG